AUGGACGACUCGGUGCCUGAUACUCCAAUUAGGGGAAGGAAACCUGCUCCAGGCACCCCCGACGAAGAUGGUGACUACGAAACGAUUGCCACCUUACCGGCGCAUACAAUCACCCCGUCCCAGCGAUUGACCCAGGCAACACAACUAGUCGACAUGCCUUAUUCACGUCCGAAUAACACCAUUGUUCAGGUGGCUGCAUCCUCACCCAUGGCCCCUGCUGCCUCCCCACCAGCCCACCGUGCCUCCCGCGGAGGGCUUUUAAGCUCCCUCAUGGCUCCCUCUGGCACUUCCUUCCGUCCUCCUGUAACCACUGUCCGCCCUACGAAACGAACUCCAAACUUCGAUAUGGAUGACGGUCCUACUUACCGAGGCGGGUCCUCGGACGAUGAUGAGAACCGUAUCGACAUCAAGCCUGCCAUGUUUGAGAAAACUGCUCGAAGCCCUGAAAAAGUUGCCGAGUCGCCUGUACGUGCUGAGAAUGGCUCUUUCGAUCGCUUCAAGGAGAUCACUUCCUCUGCCAUGUACGAUCCAACUGCGACUGGUUUCAAGCGCUCUGCCGAUCAGAUGAGCUCGGCCGAUGCUCCUCGGGGUGUUGCCAAGAAACUCCGCCAGGGUGCUCCUUCCCGCGCCCAACCUGUGAAUGCUCAGAUCUCGACCGUGCUGGACAUAACCGAUUUCCGAGUCCGAGUCAAAGUGGAGCGCAUCCUCAAAGUUAUGCCAACAAAGUCAGUAUCAGAGUGUGUGGAUGCUCUCAUGUCGGCCAAUGGAAACUACGAUAUGGCCUUGGAUCUACUCGCCAAUGAACCCAUCCGUGCAAAUGGGAACGGUGCCCGCAAUUCCGCCAUUGAAAUCGAGUCCUCGGAUGACGAGCUGAGUGCCGAGCCUGUCCAAAACAUCGGACAGAUGGCCAAGCAGAAGAUCAAGGCCCGCGGCACUAUUCAAGACAAAUGGGCUGCUUUAAAUCUGCCUAGCACCUCUCAGAAUGAAGACGAGGUGAAGCCCCGCGGUCGUCUUAUGCGAGGCCCACGAAAUCGCGAUUCCGCGGCCCUCUCUGAUGCGAUCAUGAUUGAUUCGGACGACGACUUGCCCCCGAAGAAGAAGCCGGGGCGUCUCCUGAAAGGCUCUCGCCGCGCUCCCUCUCUCACCCCGGAAGCGGUGCUGUCGGACUCGGAUGAUUCCGAUGUCCUUGAUGAGGAUGCCUCCGCUGGCGACCUGGAGUUGAAAGUGUUGCGAUUCUUCAACACUUGCAAGCCCCACGAUCUCGCCGACAUCGCCGCGGUUCCUGAGGAGACCGCUGAGCUCAUCACCUCUCAGCGCCCCUUCACCAGCCUGAGCCAGGUGCGAGAGGUGAGUGCCCCGGUCGAUGAGAAUGCCAAGCCCAAGGGCAAGGGCAAGGGGCGCAAGGCUCCUAAGCCGGUCGGCGACAAGAUCGUCGACAAGUGCCUGGACAUGUGGACCGGGUACCUGGCGAUCGAUGCCCUCGUCGCCGAAUGUGAGGCGCUCGGCAAGCCCGUGGCCGAGGAGAUGAAGAAGUGGGGAGUGAACGUCUUCGGCAAGCGCGGGGAUGACGAGCUCGACAUCACGAAUCUGGGUGGCUCCCACGAUUCGGGGAUCGCAACACCUUCUUCCAGCCAUCAGUCGCCUGCCGGAGAUGACUCGGAUGAUGAGAUUAGAGCUGUUGUCAAAUCUCGCAAGUCUCAGUCGAAUGGUCAGUCUGGCUUCAUCUCACAGCCAGCCAUCAUGGCCGAUAAUUUGGUCAUGAAGGACUACCAGAUCGUCGGUCUGAACUGGCUGGCGCUGCUGUUUGAGAAGAAGAUGAGCUGCAUCCUUGCAGAUGAGAUGGGGCUUGGCAAGACCUGUCAGGUCAUUUCGUUCCUCUCGCAUCUUUACGAAAAAGGAAUCAAGGGCCCUCAUCUCGUUGUCGUCCCUUCCUCCACCAUCGAGAACUGGCUUCGCGAGUUCAAGAACUUCUCUCCGAAGCUCUCGGUCACGCCUUACUACGCGAAUCAGAAUGAGCGGGCAUUCAUUCGCGAGAAGCUCGAAAAGGAGCGUGACUCGAUCAAUGUCGUGGUCACCACCUAUACGAUCGCAAAGGCGAAGGUGGAUGCGAAGUUCCUGCGCGAUAUGAAUUUCUGUGUCUGCGUCUACGACGAAGGGCAUAUGUUGAAAAAUUCACAGUCCCUUAUGUACGACAAACUCAUUCGCAUCAAUGCCCGGUUCCGACUACUCCUCACGGGUACCCCGCUGCAGAACAAUCUGCAAGAGCUGGCGUCUUUGCUUGGCUUCAUCCUGCCUGGGGUCUUCAAAGAUCACAAGGAGGAUCUGCAGGCCGUCUUUGCCAACAAGGCAAAGACAUCUGACGAAUCGCACUCAACUCUCCUGUCGGCACAGCGUAUCGAGCGUGCCAAAUCCAUGUUGAAGCCUUUUGUCUUGCGUCGGAAGAAGCACCAAGUCAUCGACCUGCCGCAAAAACACUCCUAUGUUGAGUACUGCGAGAUGAAGCCUUCCCAGCGAGAGAUCUACGACCAUGAAAAGGACCAAGUCCGCCAGCUUCUUGAGGACCGCGCUGCCGGCAAGAAGACUGGCUCAAAAUCCGCCAACAUCCUCAUGAAGCUCCGCCAAGCCGCCAUUCACCCCCUCCUCGCCCGGCGUCACUACACUGAUGCCAUUCUCAAGAAGAUGGCUAAGAGCUGUCUGAAAGAAGAGAAAUGGGCCAUGUCCGACCCGGCCAUCAUUGAGGAGGAGUUGCAGGCUUACAACGACUUUGAGUGCCAUCACAUGUGUAUUGACAACCCUAACUCACUUGGUAAAUACAAGCUCAAGAACGAGGAAUGGAUGGACUCGGGCAAAGUCGAAAAGCUCCGCGAACUGCUGACCCGCUUCAUCGCCAAUGGUGACCGCACCUUGAUCUUCUCGCAGUUCACGAUGGUCAUGGACAUCCUCGAGAAUGUCCUCGAGACCCUGCGCAUUGAGUUCGUGCGACUGGACGGCCGUACCAACGUCGAAGACCGCCAGUCUAUUCUGGACGCGUUCCAUGAGCGUGUGGAAAUCCCCGUCUUCCUUCUCUCGACCAAGGCCGGUGGUGCAGGUAUCAAUUUGGCCUGCGCAAAUAAGGUCGUCAUCUUCGACUCUUCCUUCAACCCUCAAGAGGAUGUCCAGGCCGAGAACCGCGCCCACCGCGUCGGUCAAACUCGCGACGUCGAGGUCUUCCGCUUUGUCACCCGGGAGACUAUCGAGGAGCAGAUUUACGCCCUCGGUCAGACGAAGCUAGCAUUGGACCAGGCCGUUGCGGGCGACGAUGAUGCUGCCUCCAAGCAAAAUGAGGAGGCUGGCAUGAAGGCUGUGGAGAACAUGGUUCUUGCCGAUAUAGAGAAGGAGGAGAACGCCGAGGAGAAGAAAUAA